AAUGAAAUUUCGCUUUUCUGAGUUUUCUCAAACACUAAACUUCGUAGCUCCGCUUCAACACUUUCCUCCUCCAACAAAACCACCACUUCCUAGUUGUAUCCUCCACCAUAGGCGGCGGUGGCGGUGGCUCUGCGACGGUGCCUCUGCGGAUUUUUCAACCACUUCUCUUCUCUGCCAUUUCUAUUAUAGGUGUUGACGACAGUAGUUCAGACUUCAUAAAUUGGUAGGCAAGAGCAAGAAGCUUGCUUAGUUAACUGCAGUUCUCGAAGGUGAAACUCGCUUGAUUUGCAUUUACAUCCAUUUAUUUCCCUUCACUAUGACUGUGAAAUGGGUUCUUCACUGGCACCCCAGUGCAGGGCAUACAGUGAACACUCAAAUAAUGAAUGAGAUUUCACAGUGUGUUGAGAGCUUGAAUGGAGUCAAAGAUGGGAGGUGGAAAUCUGUGCUCACCUUCUACAAACCCAUCACUCGAGAUCAGUCAAUGGCAGCUGAAUAUCCACGUGAUUUUCUCGGUAUCUCAAUUCCGGAGCAGCCCAACAAAUACUACUUCAUAAUUCGUGCGCACCGGAUUGUUCUUGAAGCAGAUUUGAGUAUACAAACAAUUAUGGAUAAGUUGCAAUCAUACAAGUCAAGGGUGUCCCUGAAUUUUGAGGGGAUACAAUACCAGCUUGGUGACUUCCAAGUGAGAGUGGGAAAGGUUGCUCCUAGUACAUCUGAAACUAUGCGGGGAAUAGUAAUGGAGGUAGAGUAUCUUCCAAUUUCUUCUAUUGAUAAAUCCAGGCAAAUCCUUGAAGAUUUUGUGGAUUUCUGGAAAGAUACGUUGUCAAAGAGGUCGUUACCGGGUCAUUUCCUGCAUAACGAACCAAACUUUGGAGAGUAUGGUUUAGGAGACCAGUAUUCUGCUGAACAUACAACAGUUCAGUAUGCUACUGUCAUGGCACAACUGAUCGCGACUGUGCAAACAACACAAGUAGUCAGAAAUUAGAAGAUAAAAACCUUCAUUUAAUUAACUUGUACAUGUUUAUAUUGAAACUUCUGUUGUAGUGAACUGCCUGUAUUAUUGCAUUCUGAUGAAACUGUAAGAAUUUGCAGGCUGCCGGAGUUUUGGAGAGAAAAUGGAUAAGGAAAAAGAAGUAUGUGUUCUGAAAUGUACUGGUUCCAAACUGAUACUGUGAUGUCACUGAUAUGAUUAUGUGCAUAUAAUAUAUUGCAUUACCACACUUUUAAUGAAA